UCUAACUGUGCCAUGGGCUUCUUUUUUUCUUCUUCCUCUUGUCCUUAGCUAAACACCAGCGCUUUAACAAUAGGCUGCUUCCACCUGACCAAUCACAUUUACAUUAUCAGCGGCAGACGCAACCUUCAACAUGGACAUGAAGGAUUCUCUUGUUAAUGGGGGUGUGCUGAUUGUACACCAAAUGUAUGAGGGGAAACACCACUAUGAGGUGGGAAAUGUGGUGAAAUACAAAAAGGAGACUGGGAAGAAAAUGUUUGUGAGAAAAGGAGACACGCUGAUGGAGAUCAAUGGAGUUCAGCUGCAAGAUCUAGAACCUGAAAAGCUGGCUCAAAUAAUCGCUGAAGGCAACCCAAUGCUGACAGUACACAAGCCAGGAAAAAUAUGUGAAAGCAAAGAGCAGCUGCCCCCUGAUGAGGACACCUUGCAACCCUAUGACAAGGAGUCCACAAUUCUGAGUUUUUCCUGGGAGAUGACAAAGCAGGAAGAUACUGAAGGAGAAAAUGAAGGAAAUGAGGAAGAGGAAGAUAACGAAGAAGGAGAUAAUGUAGAAGGAGAUGAUGUAGAAGGGGAUGAUGUAGAUGGAGAGGGAAAUGAUACACAAGAUUCAGUAGAUGCAUGCCGAGAAGAGAACAGCAAAAACGAGGAGCGGGAUCUCCUUGUGAUACACAUGACAAAAACCAGCAUCUCUGUGGUGAGAGGCAGAGGCUGCAAUCCUGAGACGCCCUGUGAGGGAUGUAAUGGGACAGGAUGCACUUUCAAUGAGAUUGUGGUGGUGGCUGAAUCCAGCACAGUGACACUUGUUCCCAGGGGAGACAUAAAUUUUAGACAGGAAAAGCUGUCUGAUGUCUUAAUAAAACAUGUUCCCACUCACCGCUACCUCAGAUGUAUCUCCUCAGAAAAAAAUGUCUACACAUCACCAAAUCCAGAGAAGAUCACCAUCUACUACUACAAGUCAAAUGUAAUGUCAAGGUUCUUCAGAGGAAUGGCAGUGGUCCUAAACCUAACAGGCUCCAAUUGUUUUCUUAGAUGCUGCAAGGAAGGAGAUAGUGUGCGCCUAGAAACAGAGACAUGUGAAAAGGAGAAACUCAGGCAGAUCUCCAAGAGCGAUGAGUGCACCUUCUCCUUUGUCUUCUACAUGAAAGCUGACCGCACAAAACAGCGAACAUUUGAAUCUGCUCUCUACAAAGGAUGGUUCAUCCAUAUAGCCAACACAGACUUGGUAGAAAUGGCUGAGACGGACGGAGAAAGGGGGGAGUCGUCAUUCCUCUUUGUUAUUCAGAAGUGAAAGAGGGUUGUUUUUUACAGCCUAAAAAAAAAACUAAUCUUAGUCAUCACAUAGUUAGUACAUAACAAGAGGAACAGUCAUGACAGAAGCGCUUUUGUUCAGCGCAUCUAUUUUGGAGACAAAUGAUAAAGUCACAUGAUAGAGCUGUGGUCUGGUGGAUGUGCGUAAAAAUGUGUCAUACAACUGUUUUACUAUUUUUAUACUUCACAAUGUUUUGCUAUUGUUUUUGCUGCGUAUUAUUAACCUUUCAAAUUAUUUGAAAAGAAAUUAUGUGUGACUUUAUUUAAACUACAUAUUAGAUAACAGGCACCCCUCGCAACC